AUGAACCAAUCGAACGUUAUUCUGGAAUCAUCUUGUAAACAAGUUCGAGAGGUCAAACACAUAACUAAACUACUAAAGUUUGGCUUUAUAGGAGUACCAAAUAAGAGACAGGAUUUGGACUCACCGAGUCAUCACUCGAGUCAUUCCACACUCUCAUCCUCCCAAAGCUCUCUCUCUCUCUCCCUUGUCCUCCGCCACUACCUUCCCCUCGCCGGCCGCCUCACGUGGGACCCACAAGAUCCAAAGCCGUGCAUCGUCGUCUCCAAGGAUGAAACGGUUUCGCUUACCAUCGCAGAGACCAACGCAGACUUCUCCGUUGCAUCCGGCGAUGGACUACGUCCGGCCGCCGAGUUAGAUCCUCUGGUACCCGAGUUAACGGUAGUGUCUGAUGGCUCGGCGACUGUGCUUUCUCUCCAAAUCACGUUAUUCCAGAACCAAGGAUUCUGCAUCGGCAUCACAUUUCAUCAUGCUGUCCUCGACGGCACAACGUCGACGAUGUUUCUUAAAUCAUGGGCUCAUAUAUGUAGUUUACAAGAACAUAACAAAGCCAUGGAGAUUUCUCUUCUACCGGACGAUCUUACCCCACGUUUCGAUCGUACAGUCAUUAACGUUCCGUCCGCACUUGAGGCAGAGAUGAUGGAACUGUUGUUAUAUCUUUCAAAGGACAUCGGGAACUUAAGAAGCUUGAAACCACCUCCCAAAAGUGAAACCGGUGGAGAUAUUAUCCCUGCAACGUUUGAGUUAACUGCGGAGAACACUGAGAAACUUCGGGAGCAAGUGAAAGCGCGUGGAGGCAACGGGGACAGACCUGUACGUUUCUUGUAUGUAGCUGACUUCAGGAAUCGGUUAGAGCCCCAAGUUCCAGCGGGAUACUUUGGAAACUGCGUGUUUCCGAUAGGUUGGUUCGAAUACAAAGCAACGACUUUCUUGGAAGAAAAUGGCUUUGUCAACGCAGUGGAGAUCCUAAGCGAUUCGGUAAAAGGUUUGGGUUCGCUAGGGAUAGAGUCACUUUGUAAGGACUACAUUGAUAGAAUGAAGAAAAUGAAACCAGAUGUACAGUUCAUAACAGUUACAGGCUCGACCCGGUUAGGGGUGUACAUGUUGGAUUUCGGGUGGGGCAGACCAGCCAAGACAGAGGCUUUGGCCAUUGAAGCAUUCUCUAUGUCCGAGAGGAGGGAUGAGUGA